AUGCAGGAAACUGGACCAGCAGGCUUUUACAACGUACCAGUAACCAAAUUCUUGGUGCUGUUUGUUGGCAUUUGCUCCAUCUUGGCCGCCAUCAUGAACGUCAAACAGUACUUUUAUCUACAGCUUAUUCCACACAUCACUGUUCACCACCAGUUCUGGAGAUUAUUGACAUCACAAAUAGCAUUUGGAAGCUCAGGCGAUGUGUUUUUCGGCUCAUUACUGCUAUAUACAUUGAGAGUGAUAGAAAGACAGUAUGGAAGCUCAAAAUAUACCGCCUUUCUCUUUAUAUCCGUAGUGAUAUCAACGUUACUGGAAUUAGGAGCACUUGUUGUUGGAGCACAGCUUGGAUUAAAGAGCAUCCCUGGUGGACCCUAUGCGUUGAUGUUCUCGGCUCUUUACCAAUAUCAUCGAAUUAUUCCAGUAACCUAUCGAUUUCGAGUCUUUGGCAUUGUCAUGAGCAACAAGCUGUUUUUGUAUGUUUUGGCGCUUCAAGUGGCAUUCUCGCAAUCGUUCAAAACGUUAAUACCUGCAGUUUGUGGUAUUUUAUCGGGAGCCUUGUACAGAACAGACAUUGGAAAUAUCAAACAGUGGCGGUUUCCGGCCUGGAUACAGAAAUUAACGAUUCGAUUCAUAAAGCCUUACUUGGUAUCGCCACCGAUUGCACGUUCAGCUGCUACAACACCCAGUCAGCGACCCAUUGUAACAGGCAUUUCGCCAGUGGAAAACAUAAUGACAGCUGGACUGAGAAACAGGAGAGGGACAACGGCUACCAGUGCGAGCGAUCGAUCAGACACAGCAUCUGCCUCAGCAGCAGCAACAGAAGGAACAUCAUCAGUGAGGGAAUACUUGGAUACAAUCACUGGCAGAGAUGUGGCAGGAUCAGAACUGGAGCCGCCCUCACCUGAGCACACACGAGUUUUGCUCGCCAUGUUCCCAGAUCACCCACGAGAGACAAUUACUAGAGCACUUUCAUCAGCACACAACAAUCUUAAUAGAGCUGUCGAAAUUAUGUUGAGCACGCCAGCACCCAGCAAUGAAGGAUCGAGUAGUCAUCCAGCUUCUGCAGUUAUUCCCCCUUCGCCAUUUACUGCAGGUAGCAGUGGUCGUAGUAGUCGUGGUCAUAUGGCAUAG